AUGGCUGGGUCUCCUGCACUGCGCUUCCUGCUCGCUCUGUGGCUCUGCUGCCCUGGGACCUGGAACCAGAUGUACCAGAUGACGGUCAGGCUUCAUAACAGUAAACUCCAGGCAGGACAGCAGCUGAAGCUGGAGUGUGAGACCAACAAGGAUGACAGUGGCGUAUUCUGGGUCCGCCUAGACAAGAAUGGGACCCUUCACUUCAUUGUCUUCAUUUCCUCCCUCUCCCGGACCACCUUUGAGGGGAACAUGAAGACAUCUACACGCUUUGAGGCGAAAAAGGAGAGCAAGUUCUACUGGCUGGUAGUGAAGUCUUUCACAUCACAGGAUGAAGGGAAAUAUUUCUGCCUCAUGAACAUCAACCAAAUACUGUACUUCAGCCCUGGCCAGCCUGCCUUCCUCCCAGUUGCCACCAAAGCAACACCUGCCACACCAGCACCCACCACCCAGCAUGGCAUCACUGAAAAGGACCCUUGCACGAAGACCCCAGAUCCAGAGAGCAGCAAGGAGGAAGACAUGAAUUUGUUCUGUAACAUCUUCAUCUGGGUUCCCUUGGCAGGCGCCUGCAUCCUGCUCCUCAUCGCCCUGGCAGUUACCGUUGUUCUAUGUCAACAAACCAGAAGACGAAGAUGCAGAUGUAAAAGACCCGUGAAUGGGAAGCCCAAUGUGAAACCCAGCGUGCCGAGCCGACACGUAUAAGCACCUGCACCUUCUGGCUUCUGGAUCGUCUUCUGGGAGCCGUCACUGCGUAAGCCCCUCACCUACGUUACCUGUAAUGCUACUCCUCAUGUACUCUACCUUGACAAAUUUGAAAAGACAAGCUG